AUGAGCAGAGAAAUUGGGACCCUCGUUAUUGUGGUUCUAAAGGCGAAGAAUCUGCCGGACAGGCAUUCGCUCUACAAGCAAGAUGUCUUCGCACAAGUCACAAUACGUGGAAAGACCAAGAAGACGGCGGUCGAUGCCAGGGGUGGACAACAUCCAGUUUGGGAUGAGGAGAUUCGCUAUCCGAUAUUCAAGUCAUCUGUGGAAGAAGACAGGCAACUCGAAGUCUUUUGCUGGCGGAAGGAGCCGAGAACAGAUGAGCUGAUUGGGACGGGGAAGGUCGAUAUCACGGACACAUUACGCACCGGCGAAUUCGAUGAUUGGAUACAGCUCGAGGAGAAGGGCGUAUAUCGCGGGGAGAUCUACCUUGAGAUGACCUUCUUCGCAGCUGGACCGCCUCCACUG